UCAAUAAUAUUUUUCUACGGAUCAAAUGUUGAUCGUAAUUCAAUUUACAUUUCUAAUACUCUUCAAUGCUACAUUAAUUGUUUUCUGCACCGCUCGCGAAGGAAACGGGUAUUCGAGAGAAAGAUCAUCAUCCAAUAAGCGAUCGGAAUCCGAAAAGUCUCCAUCAUUUUCAAAAAAACGGCGAAGAGCUCGAGCACUGGAUCCGGAUGAAUUUAUUCCGCCGGUCGAGGGCCCCGAUGUUCAGAAAAUAGAUUCCGAGACUUCAAGAAAGUGCCACAGCAUCAAAGGAUUCAACGUGAAUAAGGAUGGAAGUGUCAGAAGACUCGAGGAUAACUCUAAAUAUGAGCACAAUAAGAGUUCUCGGCAGAAAAGAUCCGAAGCCGCUCCACUCGAAAAUUCGGAAGGGAAAUCGACAAAAUCUCGGAAAUUGUCGAGCCCAUCGAAAAAGUCGAACAAGAAGUCGAUAUCGAAAAAAUCGGAUCGCUCGAAGGUGUCGAAAGUCAAAAGAAGUCCCAAAACAGAUAAGGAACUGGAGAAGAAACCUUCAUCGAUUUAUGAGAGGAAAGACGUGGACGGACACGAUGACCUGAAAGGUUCCAAACAUGAGAAGCCGAAAACACUCCGAAAAUUCAAAAAACCGUGGAAAAGUUUGUUCAAAGUGAAGCGUCAAAAGCCGAGAAUUGAUAUUCACGUGAAAGAAAGAAGUGGAAUGUGGGCGUGACCACAUGGCAAACGUUUCCUUUUUGUUCGAUCAAUAAAUUUUCUAUUUA